AUGAUGUCCCGUCCAACGGCAGCGCCGGUCAACCCCCCUUCACGGCCGGCUGAAAGCACAUACGAAGGCACGCCCAUUACGUCUUCACGAUCAUUACGCCAGCUUUCGAUAUACUUCCUCGGAAGCGCCUGCUUACUGGCCUCGACCGCAAUAACGCGCAAGGCCGUAUGGAGGCGGCAGCUCCGUGUCAUGCCAAAGUUUUACGAAGCGAACACGAACCCGCACGAAUACUUCAGUCCCUUCUCAGAUGCCUGCCAGGCUUUGAACCUGGCCACGAUGAACUGCGCCAGUGUUGGCAUCAUGGCGCUGGGUGGCGCAAUGUGGACCUUUGAUAUUGCCAAUCUGAGAGAAGCUCGCGCAGUUCUACGAGGCCGCUUGAACUACGAUCGGAUAUACCAGUCCGAGGAUGAUGUACCGAAUACCAUCAGCGAGAUGAUAGCAGCAUCCGGCCAGAUGCGAAUAGUAGAGGAGGACGAGAAGGACGGUUCUGACAAGAACCAAUAA